CAGGUAGUGGGGGUGAGGCAGCAGGUGUGGAGGGCAGCACAGGUAGUGGGGGUGAGGCAGCAGGUGUGGAGGACAACACAGGUAGUGGGGGUGAGGGAGCAGGUGUGGAGGGCAACACAGGUAGCGGUGGUAAGGGAGCAGGUGUGGAGGGCAGCACAGGUAGUGGGUGGGAGGUAGCAGGUGUGAAAGUCAGCAAUAACAUAAGUAGUGGAGGUGAGGCUGCAGGUGUGGAAUUUGACAACACAGGUAGUGAAUACGACGCAGCAUAUUUGGUGUACAGCACAGGUAUUGGGCUCGAAACUGCAGGUAUGGCAUACAGCACAGGUAGCGGGGUUGAAGCAGGUGUGGAAAUCAGCAACAAUACAGGUAGUGGGAGUGAGGAACCAGGUGUGGAAGGCAGCACAAUUAAUGAAGCAGAUACAGCAGGUGUGUGGACCAACACAGGUAGUGAAGUAGGUACAGCAGGUGUGUGGACCAACACAGAUAGUGAAGUAGGUACAGCAGAUGUGUGGACCAACACAUGUAGUGAAGUAGAUACAGCAGGUGUGGAAGGCAGCAGAGGUAGUGAAGCAUAUACAGCAGGUUUGGAGGGCAGCAGAGGUAGUGAAGCAUAUACAGCAGGUGUGGAGGGCAGCAGAGGUAGUGAAGCAUAUACAGCAGGUGUGGAGGGCAGCAGAGGUAGUGAAGCAUAUACAGCAGAUGUGGAGGGCAGCAGAGGUAGUGAAGCAUAUACAGCAGGUGUGGAGGGCAGCAGAGGUAGUGAAGCAUAUACAGCAGGUUUGGAGGGCAGCAGAGGUAGUGAAGCAUAUACAUCAGGUGUGGAGGGCAGCAGAUGUAGUGAAGCAUAUACAUCAGGUGUGGAGGGCAGAAGAGGUAUCGGGGUGGAGGCGGCAGGUGUGGCGGGGCGUCUUGGGGGCGCGGGAGUCGUCAGUAAGGGCUGGGACGCCGUGCUGUGCGGACCACUCUACAGCCCUCCUCCCUCGUGCCGGCGCGACCACGCGACCCUCGCCUCUCGGGACGAGUGCCAGGACAGUGCCACCGGGGGUCAUGACCCGCCGCCCCGGACCAUGGUAGUGCCAGAGGACGGCCAGGUGCAGGCGGCGCCGCGCGUCGUUGCUGCCUGCAUCAAGUCCUAUCACGACAUCCCCGAGGAGUUGUUCAACAGUUUAGAAGAGAGCUCCGUGGACCCUAUCACUCCUGGUGCCGCCCACACGCCUCCCCCACUCUCGCCCGCCCACACCGGCCCCCUCCCGCCCACGCCCGCCCCUCGCGGCGACUGGCGGACCAUGCGGGAGGGGCGUCGGGCCCUCCUGAUGGGGGAGGUGAGUGACGCCGACACAGAAGACGGCAGCGAAGUUGACCUCGGCGGCGUCGCAUCCACCAGCGACUACCACACCAGCGAUGGUCGUGGGUCGUCCCUCUCAGGCGCCAGCGACGACCACCACAGAAAUAACGACCACCGAAACGAGGACCACCUCAGAAACAACGACCAUCACGGAAACAACGACCACCGACACGACGGACACAUCUACAACGCCCACAAGGACCACCACGCCCACGAUGUGCCUGACGGCGAGUGCGAGUGCUACGGCCGCGCUCUCUCCACCCCCACCACCCUCAUCAGGAACAACUUCCGUGGCUUCUGCAGCGAGAUGCUCGGCCCCGCGACCAGGGGCCAGCACCACCCUCCAGCGCGCCCCCCGCCGCCUCAGGAGCUCCGAAGCCUGACACCGUCUCCGGAAGACCCUAGAGGCCACUCUCAGUUAGAAGAGGAGCUGCGGGCUGCUGGAGUAUACUUCAGGAGACCCGGGUCUCCCCCUAAAGUCCCCGUCAGGACACACGCCUCCGUUAUAAGCUAUACGCCCGGCAGAGGCUACACGCCUUGCAGGAGUUACGUUCCAAUCAGAGGCCACACGCCUCCCAGGAGCGAGGCGGAGGCGGUGGCGGCGGCGCUGGGGGUGCUAGACGACUCCCUGGCGGGACUCAGCAGCAGCUCCUCUGGUGAAAGUUCUCCCGCUCGCUCUCACGCCUCCAGCGUCGUCGAGCGCCGCCAGUCUGGUCCGGAUCCCACGCCUGUACGCACGCCCGCGCCUCCCCACGCCCUGGCACAUGACACUUACAGCACCACAUCAGGCACCCACGCCAACGACCCAGGUAUCCCUGGGGGAAGGACACACGUGAACUCUGUGAGUGCCACCUACAGCCGCGGGGGUGAGAGCCACGCCAGCAGCAGGGAAGACGCAGCCAGGGUGUCGGCAGGAGGCUACGGUGUCGGAGUGGGCGGUGGGAGGCCGCUGCCCACGGUGGGUGGUGGGCGGGUCCAGGAUGGUGGGUGCCAGCAACAGCCCACCAAGGAGGCCGUCAUUGAGAGCCUCAACCUCAUUGAGGAGGUAUACGUGCGCACCGUGCCCCAGUCGUCCGUGUCCAUGCACGCCUACUACCCUGGCGUACACUACGCGCCCUCGCCCCAGGGCACCGUCAAGCCCGGCGCGGGCGGCAGGCACUCCUUGAGCCCCACGCGAAGGUCGUCAGACUCGCCCACGGUGCCAGGGGACAGCGAUAGUGGGCACGAGAGCGGCGCCACCAGCCCCUGUGGCACCCUCACCGCUGACGAUGCCACCUCCCCGCCACCUUCACCCCACGCCCCACACACGGCACCCAACGCCCCCUCCUCUCUCACCCAUUCCCGCACCUCCAGCUUGCAUUCCUGCCGCGGCGCUUGUGUGUUAGAUGGCGACGUGGGCGUGGCUGUGGUGGGAGAGCCUGUCAGCACCGUGGGCGUGGGAACCGCCGUGUUAGACCCCCGGCCGCCCACGCACUUCGUUGUGGUGGCCAUAGACUUCGGCACCACCUACAGCGGCUACGCCUUCAGCUUCACGCGUGACCCCGACAGUGUCCACAUGAUGAAGAAGUGGGAAGGCGGCGACCCCGGGGUACAGAACCAGAAGACCCCAACUAUCGUCUUGCUGACUCCAGAGGGCGCCUUCCACUCCUUGGGCUUCACCGCCAGGGACACCUACCACGACCUGGACCCCAGAGAUGCCAAGCGGUGGCUCUACUUCGACAAGUUCAAGAUGGUCCUGCACGAUGACCAGAGUCUGAGCCGCGACACCCUACUGGAGGCCGCCAACGGCAAGAAGGUGGAGGCGCUACAGAUCUUCAGCCACGCCCUCAGGUACUUCAGGGACCACGCCCUGCGCGAGCUGACGGAUCAGGCGGGCGUGGCGGUGCUAGAGGAGGACGUCCGCUGGGUCAUCACUGUGCCCGCCAUCUGGAGCCACCCUGCCAAGCAGUUCAUGAGGACCGCCGCCUACCAGGCUGGUAUGGGCUCCGCCAGCCGGCCGGAGCAGCUCCUGAUAGCGCUGGAGCCCGAAGCCGCUGCCAUCUACUGCCGCCGUCUUCGUCGUCACCAACUGCUGCCUGAGCGGCCCCCAGAGACUCGUACUGCCAGAAACUCCAUCAAUAGGGACUCCCUCUGCGCCUCUGACUCCACACCCACACCUGCCAUACCUGAGCUAGACAGAGAGGAGCUCAUCUCCCUGCCGUUCCGGAGUGUGGAAACCGUCGCUGACUGGCUGAGGGAAGACACGGUGUACGCAGUGGUCGACUGUGGCGGCGGCACCGUCGACAUCACUGUCCACCAGAUGACGGACCGGACCACCGGACACCUCAAGGAGCUGCACAAGGCCACAGGAGGACCUCACGGCUCCAUCGGUGUGGAUGCGGAGUUCGAGAAUUUUUUGGAGAAAAUUUUCGGCACAGAUUUCCUUGCAACAUUUCGACAGCAGCGACCAGCAGCUUAUGUCGACCUUAUGAUUGCCUUUGAGUCCCGCAAGAGAAACGCGUCACCUUACAGGAGUAACCCCUUAAAUAUCGCCCUGCCAUUUUCUUUCAUAGAUCUAUUCCGCAAAUUCAAAGGCAAAGACGUGGAAUGGGCGAUCAAGAAGCAGCAACAUUUGGGAGUGAGGUGGUCAGCCCAGGGCAUGUUGAGGGUGGAGCAGGAGACCAUGAGGCAGCUCUUCCUGCCAACACUCUCCAGCAUCACUCAGGCGAUAGAGUGUGUGUUGUCAGCGCCGGAGGUGGGUCCCCUGCAGUACAUGUUCCUGGUAGGGGGCUUCGCUGAGUCGGAGCUCCUGCAGAAGCACAUCCGGGACACCUUCGGCCACAGAGUUAACGUUAUUAUCCCGCAGGGCAUGGGUCUGGCAAUCCUGCGAGGCGCCGUGCAGUUCGGCCUGGACCCCGGCGUGGUUACUGUGCGUCGGUCCCGCCUUACCUACGGCGUGGGUGUGCUGAACCGUUACCAGCGGGGGCUACACCCACCGGAGAAGCGGGUGGUGGCCGCUGGCGCCGAGUGGUGCGCUGAUGUGCUCGAUCGCUUCGUGGUGGUGGACGAGAGUGUGGCUGUGGGAGACGUGGUGGUGCGCUCCUACACACCCGCCACGCCCGCGCAGUCUACAGUCAUCCUGCACCUGUACGCCACACACAGACACGAUGCUAAGUUCGUCACUGAGGAUGGCGUCGAGCGUGUGGGCACCCUGCACCUCGACCUGACCUCCUCCCGCAGCCACCACCACCGCCAGGAGGCCCAGGGCGGAGGUGCUGCCCGGCGGGAGAUAACAGUCAACAUGAAAUUUGGCGACACGGAAGUCAAGGCGUCGGCGGUCGACCAUCUCACUGGACAGUGUGUGAAAGCCAACAUAGACUUCCUCACACUGUAAAUAUCACUGUACAACUAAGUGCACAACCAAAUAUUACGAAGCAUGCAUCGUUCACGCUACAGUGAAGAGAGGGAGAGAAGUUUUAGUUAAUUCCAUGCAAGCCCCAGUGUCUGCAAUUGAUGGUCUGUGUUGCUGGCACAAAUGUUGCUAGAUGUGUCUCGGCUGAUGGAGCAUCGUGUGGGUUUGAUCAUUUGCAAGCUUCUAAAGCGGUUUGGCAGGGCACUGGAAGACUAUGUGGUCAAGCGAGCAACUGAUAUGUGGAGAUGCUGUCACAUUAACAGCUCAGAGCUUACUGUAAACUAGUAUUUGGAUAGCACUUAUUACAUCACAGUAUUCUGAGAGCUCCUGUCAUUAAUGCUUCUGUCAUCAUGCUACAGCGUUCAAAUAUCUCACCACUGAUUACCCUUCCUUGAACAAAAAUAAUAGUACAGCAAGAGAAAUUGACUUUACUGAACUCUGGAAAAUGUACCCAUUUUGAAUGAAUUCUGAUAUAUUGUAUUUUAUGCAAUAUAAAACUAGAUAUCAAUCUCAUGCUUAUUACAAAAAAUAAAUCGAUGUGCAGCUAAAAAUGAACUCAUAUCGGGUAUUAUAUAUAAAUUUAACUAAUUAACUUUCUAGCUGAUCAAUGGAAAGCUGAAGAUAUAAUGUCGAGUGAUUUAAAAUCAAAGCCUAUAAUGUAUGGGGUGAAAAUGUAAAAUAAAACUAGUGAGGUGUUGUACAGGUGUUUAAACACACGUUGGGGCGUCAUACACUAUGCAACACACUAGCACCAACAAUUUUAUGCCAAAGUAUUGUAUAUAUUAUUUUGUAAACAUGUUCGUCAUAUUUUUAUUAUUGUUGUUGUUUGUAAACAAAUCAAGGCAACGUAUGUUGUUUGAGAAUAUAACAAAAAUGUGUCUAUGAGGAUUGACUAUACAGUAUUCACAAAUUUUCUGUCAAGUCCUUAAGGAGUUUUUGGCUGUGUUUCUUAGGGGACGAAGUUUGGUGAGAAGACAGGAUUCUUUCAGCCUUGUUAUUGUUCAAAAUAUAACAUAUCAAGGUUAUAAUUAUGCUAAAAAAUUCUGUUAUGUUAGAAUUAUGUUAAAAUAGGUUGUUAAAGGUUUUCUUCAUUGUCUUCACCUAUCUUCACAGAUAUAAAGUAUUUAAACAUGGAGAUCAUGCAUGCUUCACAUUUUCUCCCUCGAGUUUAUAUAUAUAUAUAUAUAUAUAUAUAUAUAUAUAUAUAUAUAUAUAUAUAUAUAUAUAUAUAUAUAUAUAUAUAUAUAUAUAUAUAUAUAUAUAAAGAGCAGUCAUAAGUCAGAUAGUUGAAUAACAGAACACAAAAUCCAUCGCUCACUUACCCACAAGAAAUAUCUAACGGAAAUACUACAUAUCAGAAUAAAUAUAAUUUCUCCGAGUCAAAUUCACUCCUCCAGUCAUUUCUGUCAGUCUUCUAGUCAGUCAGUUGUCUUAGUCUUUCAGAGAUGCAAGUACAUGAACUGUCAGAAACAUUACUAUAGGAGGUAAUUGAAGAAAAUUGUAAAAUGCUAUAGUGACACUGUGCAGGAAGACUUGAAAAGUAUUAUUAGUAUAAAACGUCCAUAAUUGUCUGAUUGCAAUAAUUGAUGUCUAUAGAAUAACUUAAUUAAAUGCCUCAUGUUGAUACACGUAAUGACUCCCAAACAACCCAGUACUUGGGGUCACAAUACCCAAGAGUGACGUUGGUCCGAAAUUGAAUCAUUGUCAUCAACGUCUGCAACAUUUAACCAACGUUGAUUUGACGUUACUCUUGUAUAUUGUGUCCGCUGGGUCUCUUAACACCACAUAACGAGAUUCCCUUUAACUACGUUGCUCAACAAACGUGUGAAACGAAGUCAAAUCACCCCCUUCGUCCCAAGACUCACAAACAGGUCACAAAAGAGGGCUAUUUCUUUGUUACUUCUCUGUAUACCAAGGCACAGGUUUCUUCCUGCACUUCAUAAUUAUUCCAUAUAUGAAGUGUAAUAAUAAUUAUUUGUGUGAUUAUUGUUAUUAUUAAUAAUUCAGGAGGAUGCCUUUUCAAUCCGUUGCUAUCAUUGUAUUAUUUGUAUGAAAGGUAUAUAGAUACAUAAAUGUAAAUGAAUAUAUAAAUAUAUAUAUACAUACAAUA